AUGAAAUCGUUUAAUUUCCUUUGGGUAUUGGCUGCUGGCAUUGUUGCUCAGGUCCAAGCCAAGGACUCCCCCCUCGAGGGCUAUACCGUUGAGGAGUUCUCAUGGGAAGUCGAGACGACCCCCGGCGGGCCAACCGUCGUUUUGAAUGGCACCGUUGAGAACGUCCUAUCUCAGCUGCGCGAGAUCAACCCUAACUACGACGCUGAGUUCGCCAUUGCUGCCCAUGAGAUUGACCAGCCUGCUGAACAGGCUGCUGAGGAAGAAGACACUCCAUCGCACUUGGCCAAGCGUGGUAAUGUUGCCUGUGGCGGAUUUCCCAAGGCUCGCAAGACCCAGAUCAAGCAAGGCAUCGAGUACUUGAGAGGUGUUCCUGGCAAGCCGCAGAGAGGACCUGGCCCCGGCAGCUGUGGUCAGGUCAGCUGUUCCUGGUCAUCGGCUAUCUGGUGGUGUAAUGAUAAUACCUUUACCAAAGUCCUGCCCAGCUUCAACAACAUUGCCGACGGUGCUCAGCUGAUUUUAAACACCUGUCUUCAGGGAGGUCAGACCUUCUCUGGUCAGGAUUCCCAUAACGACAAGUGGAGCACCAUUGUUCGUUCCCACAGCUGUUAA